GGGACACUCCUGCUCGACGACAAAGACGACCUGGCGGACGUGUAUGCAGCGGUCAAAGUCCUCUGUUGAGGAGACCUUGUGGACGGUGUAGGACAUGCUGUGGUUGUGGUCUGCGAGGUGACUUGCAUAACACCGCUUUCGUUGGAACAACGCCCGAGGCCAUAGGAAGGCAGAAUGGCGGCCAGAUGGGCGCUCCCCUGGGGCUUCCCGGCUGGUUCUCUAGGUCAACUCGGUCGAAGAAACAUCGCCUUGUCUGCUCCGAAAGCUGUGUUCCGGCCUCGGAAUUCACAACCGCCCGCGCUAGCAGUAAGUGCAACCUACGGACGUCGAGUGAACUCCACCGCACCAUCCAGUGGAGAUGGCCGAGUACCACCGCUUCCUCCUGCUGAAGGGCACUACGAUUCGGUGAGCAAAGAAGCUCUUCCAUCUGCAACUGUCACCGACGCCUUGGAUACAGAACACACACCACGACCGGAACCGGCAGCCCCUCGCACACGGAAAGAAAUCGUUCUUCUCGAACAAGACCUCGAAGAAGAGUUUGUCAAAGGCUCCGGCCCCGGCGGGCAGAAAAUCAAUAAAUGCAGACACAGAGUGCAGUUGAAACAUAUCCCCACCGGUUUGCGGGUUGAGUCCCAACGCUUCCGCGACCUAACAGGCAACCGCAAAGAAGCACGCAAACUCAUGACCCUCAAACUCGACGAGCAUUUCAACGGCGAGCUUUCCAAGCGUCAGGUCAAAAUUGCGAAAGAGAGGGUCAAGAAGAAGAAGAUGGCGAGGAAGAUUCGGAAGAAGCAUGGUGUGGGGUCUGGGGGGUCUGAGGUGGAUGAUGGGGAGGAUGAUGUUUUACUCGAGGGUGACGGGGAUGAAUGGAAAGAAGGAAGCCUCACAAUGGGGGAGAGUGGGAGUGAAAUCAAGGCGGAUGGAGGCCGUGCCGGACCGACAAAACAUAGCGAUGGCAAGACGUGAGGCAGCGCAAACCAAAUUGGCCGUGCUCUUUCCCGUCAACUUUGCCGCGGAGAGACGGAUGUGAAGGUUGGCGCACAUGAGUGUACAACGCAGAAUCCAGUGCCAGCGGCAGCAGCAGCGAUGUAGGUGUUGAGUGGACAGCACACUCGC